AUGUGUGUUAGGGACAGGCGUGAGAGAAUACGUUCUGCUCCAGCAAGUGCCAACGUUCAACGAAAUGAGAGUUCCGCGUUUAGUCCCGGUAAUAUUAUGGCCCCAAGUGGAACAGAAUAUCCCAUGUUUAUGAACAUUCCAACAACCCCUGCUGGCGGUCUAGCCGUUCCCUCACCAAAUGCUCAAUCUUAUGUUUACAAAGCUCCAGGUCUUUUGGUGGCUGCUCCACUUACUUCUAACAAUCAACAUCAAAACUCUACUGAUGCCUUAAACCAACAACUAGGUACAAGUGACACAACAACCACACAAAUGCCGAUAUCUCCAGAAUGUGAUUGUAGAUUAGGUAACAUUCCUUUACUUCAAUAUCCUGGUAGACAAUUUCAAAAUCAUUCCGAAUUAGGUCUUUCCAGUUCUAUACCUUAUGGACUAUCAAAGGCUGGAAAGACGAAUCGACGUCAAAAACGAAGGCCCUAUUCAUAUUAUGGUGGGAUGAGUGUCGGAACAUUCGGAAUGAGUGUCUCUAGCCGCCGUGGCUUUUGUCUAACACUUUGGGCCUGCCGAAGGUUGAAUCCUUCCAAAAUUGACAGACUUUCAAGAUGUUGUUUCCCUUUGCUUUUUCUUAUAUUUAAUAUAUUAUAUUGGUCAGCGCUCACUUUUCUAAGUCAACGUGAAUUGGGCAAAACAGAAUAUGUACCUUUUUAA